AUGGAUGAGUCCACCUUAACAUUAACACCAUGUGGAGAAUUUGCAUUGGUCAUAGGAGAAUCGCUUCCGUUAUUGUUCUUCUCUGUUUUGAAUAUGAUGUUGGUACAAGGAGGUUUUCCACGAUUUGAACGGAACUCCGUCGUGUCAUGGCUUUUUAUUCUGAAGAUUAUCAUUAGUGUCCUUACCGUAGUCGCUAUGACCGUAUCUCUGCCUCUUGCUCUUCUAAUGAGGUUCCAUCUGAAACCCGUGCUGCUCAUUGAAUAUGGAAUUUUGGCGUUUGUAUGGACAAUCUAUGCCGGGUUAUGGACCUAUUCGAAAAUUGCAAUGAGCUGGACCCGCACACGAGGCCUCACCAUUUCCAUUUUCUUGGCAUCCAAGAUGUUCUACAUUAUCACUCUCAAUAGAUGGCUGCUUUACGGAGUUAAGGAUCCAAGAACCUAUAUCCCUCUUACAGUGUCCAUAGCUCAGACCAUUGGAUCCAUAGGAAAUCUCAUUGAAUGGAGAAAGCACAAGUAA